GUGCGCGCGCAUCCAACAUCGACCGAUAUGUUAUCGCCAGUCGAGGUCCAACCGCCGCCACGGUUGGACGCAUGUUUCAAUGGGUGAGCUGCAAUACCCCGGGGCCCCAAGCGUUGCUGAUGACGAGAGACAGUACAGGGCUCCGUUCCGUCGGGCGCCGCAGUACAGGUGGCCCGCGCCGCAGCCGCCGCAGCCCUCGGCCUUCGCCCCGUGGAGGCGGGCCCCUGCCCCCCCCCGGCCUCCAGAUUACCGACGGAGUGCUUCGUACCCUGGCAAGCCUGAUGAGACCUACCAGGAACGCAGUGGUUUAGACAACAUGCGGUCACUUGAGCACUACUUAACAGAUAUUAUGAGAGCAGACACUUCAGAUCACAUGAAAGGCAAGUCGCCGUUCUUCCCCGGCGUGGAGGAGGCGGCAGUGGCGGGGGGCGCGGCCGGCGCUGGCUCGCCCUCCGUGCCAGACCAGGCACAGGAUGUGGUCUCCAGGCUGUCUGCGGCCGGUCUGUCGAUGUGUGUGAGCGCGCUGGGCUCUCCGGCGCGCUCGUCGCCCGUGUCGGCCGGCUCGGAGCACGGCGAGCGGUUCAGCCGCAAGGUGUUCGUCGGGGGCCUGCCGCCGGACAUCGAUGAGGACGAGAUCACGUCGUCGUUCCGCCGGUUCGGGCCGCUGGUCGUCGACUGGCCGCACAAAGCCGAGAGCAAGAGUUACUUUCCGCCCAAGGGAUACGCGUUUCUACUGUUUCAGGACGAGAGCUCGGUGGCGGCGCUGAUGGAGGCGUGCAUCACGGACGACGACAAGCUGUACCUGUGCGUGUCGUCGCCCACCAUCCGCGACAAGCCGGUGCAGAUCCGGCCGUGGCGGCUGGCCGACGCGGACUUCGUGCUGGACGCCAGCAUGCCGCUCGACCCGCGCAAGACCGUCUUCGUGGGCGGCGUGCCGCGUCCGCUCAAGGCUGUGGAGCUGGCGAUGAUUAUGGACCGGCUGUACGGCGGCGUGUGCUACGCCGGCAUCGACACCGAUCCCGAGCUCAAGUACCCCAAGGGCGCGGGUCGCGUGGCGUUCUCCAACCAGCAGUCGUACAUCGCGGCCAUCUCCGCGCGCUUCGUGCAGCUGCAACACGGGGACAUCGACAAGCGCGUCGAGGUGAAGCCGUACGUGCUGGACGACCAGAUGUGCGACGAGUGCGCCGGCGCGCGCUGCGGGUCCAAGUUCGCGCCCUUCUUCUGCGCCAACGUCACCUGUCUGCAGUACUACUGCGAGCACUGCUGGGCGACGAUCCACUCCCGCCCGGGCCGCGAGUUCCACAAGCCGCUCGUCAAGGAGGGCGCCGACCGCCCGCGAGCUGUGCCCUUCCGCUGGUAUAACGCACUAGGCAGCAGCAAGCAGCAGGCCGCGCACCCAUCGUUAUCCAAACCCGCGGCCGCCGCCAGGCUAUUUUAGACCAGACCGGAACCGGAACGACUGCUGGCUGGCUGUCUAGUGCGGUAUCUAGUUUACGACGACUACCCUCGUUAUAAACAAGGCGUGAAGGUAUAACACUAGCAUUAUAUUAUUUAGACUAGAUUUUUUUCCAGUGAAUUUUUGAGAUUUUGCACCGAACGGAUAGGAUUUUUUGUGAUGGCAACACUCACUGACUAAUGUCAUUAAUGUCAGUUGUGAUUUGACAGCUCAAACGGACUUUAUCGCGUAUUACGUGAUCUGUGGACAUCGACUGCUCGAUAACGAUUUUAAUUGUUAAGUUGAGUUUUAUUCGAUUCCGUUUUCAAUUAGAAACUAAACAAAUAAAUUUGCUUUUAAGAAAUAUGACUUUCUUUAAGUAUAAACGAUUUUUAUUGUCUCCAUUUAAGAUUUAACGAACGUUUCUGUACAUCGAUGUUCACUGAUCGCUCAACACUGGUUCGAACGACGCCGAUGUCGCAUAGAUAAUUAACAAUAAAAAUUGCAACAUUAUCCAAUGUUUAAUGUUAAGCAAAAUAUUAUAGAUGAAGUACAAGGCGUCGAUUCAACACGAUUUGUUUUGGAAAACUCCAUUUAGAAUCCUGCAGCUCGAGCCACGUUAUAUAACGAUACAUAAAUUUGUUUAUUGUGCUAUUAGAUUAAUUAUUAUAUUAGAUAAUGUAGUUGUUUGUUACCCUUGUUUAAAAAACUGCGUUAAUAUUAAUGAAGAACAAUUUUCUACUUGACGUAUCACGUGACACGAGCUGCAGUGUUGCCAGUUUGUGAAAGACGACUUUCGUUUGGUGGUUUACAGAAACAAAUUGUUUUGAAGAUGAAUAGGUUCGAUUUAAGCAAAAUAUGUAUCGGAAACUUAGCUAGAUGUCCGUUGUUUGUGGAUAGGUGAAGUCCUUGGAAGUGACACUCGCCUUGUGUACGCUCACUUGUCGUAAGAUACUAAGCGUAAGACAUAAGUGGAAUGUCUAAUUUUUUGAAAAAUAACUGUACCUGUGUAGCUAGAGACAAUUUCCUCAUGUUUUUCUUUAUUUACUGUUGAUUAGGAUUCUUGACUUGGAUAUUGUUGCGGUUGUCGCGCUGUCCGCUACCAUCGAUCUAUAGAGCGGGAUUGCAAUCGGAGACAAGUUGUUUUUCCAAUCAUUCCCUGUUUGAAUCCUUAUGAAGCCUUUGAACUUGUCGUUGCAAUAGACGCGGCCAGAGCUCUGCGAAUGUUAGGAAGAGUUCAGUAGGAGUGAUGUGUAGUGCAGUUGUGUAGGUUUGUUUGGUCGGCCGCUCUGGCCGCGCCUAGCCCCGCUCUCGAGGACAGCUGGACUAAAGGGCUCGUCUUGAUUUCGACAAAGGGAGGCGGUAGGGACUCGUUUUAGUACAAACUUUAACAAAACUGUUACCAAUUUGGCUGUAGCCUUGCUCUGCAAGUCGGUGGGGAUGCGACCGCGGCCGGGCGCGAGGCUCUUAGAUAGUGUCAUAGUGACCAUAUAGACGGUCCCGUAGAUCUAAAUAGUAGUUUUUGGGAGAUUCCCCGACCCUCUUGUUACUUACAAUUACGGCCAUUCACCUAACUCUAACGACAAGACUCGCGCUCCGAGCCCGCAGCGACCAUCCCCACACAUUUUAUUUUUAGCGUUAAAAAGUAAUAUAUUUAAAAUAAAACUAUUUUUUUGAAUUCGCCGGGGUAGUGCAAUAGACGGUAGUAUAGGAUCUAAAUAUAUAGGCGUGUCAGCGGCCUCAGGCGUAAAGUUCUAAGACCGCUGGCGCAUCGUUUUGAAACUAUUUAAGAUUAUAAUAACCUUAUUAAACCUAGUGUAAAUAGGAAGGUUUCACAAUUUUUGCCUUCGCGCUCGUUCACUUGGGAUUGAGAUGGACUAAAUUUAAGUGGAGAUGACGGCGUUUACUAUUCGAAGCGUUAAUAUAUUUCAGAUUAAAUUUAAACGAGUAGAGUUAAGGUUUCAAGACCAAAUAUUUAUGGUUCGAAGUCCAUUUUUCGAUUUGAAUAGCACUAUUUGUAAACUAGGUAUAUAACUAGGUAAAUACAUCACAAGAUAACCGGUACUAGUCAGUUUCGCCACCAAAUCAUUGAUCGGAAAUAUAUUGGCUGGAUAUUAGUAAACGCUUUCUGUUUAGCACCGAUGUUUAAUUUGUCGCGACGGUUGUCCGCGUAUGGACCAAUCGCGUGCGUCGAAUGAUGCGCUCUUAAUAUUGAAUUAGAACGAGAAACUUGUCAAAAUCAGCGUUGCAAGUCAAGCGACGGGAAUGUGUCUUGCGCCUUUGCUUUACGUCCGAAGCAACGCCCAGUUUUGACAUGGUUUACAGUUGAGUCUCUGCGACACUUGGCUUGGUCACAUUUGGGAUUCACUUUGGCAGUUAUCGUGAAACAACUUCGCCUCGCCGAGGCUCGCGCUUAAAUGUUAGAAGCCAAGUGGAAAGGAGAUUGAACGCAAAAUUUUGGAUAUUUUUUUCAGUAUAACGUGUACUUAAAAUCUAAAGUAUUUUAACAACGGAUACACACUGUAUGGAGUUAGAUAACGUAUCCCGAAAGACCACGGAAAUAAAAUAGACUGUAGUAAAAAGACUUGCGCGGAUUUUUUGAUGAUUUUUUUCAUGAUUUCGAUGCGGUUUUUUCGUGUUGUGUGGUACCUUUUUUCGAAAAUUAUCAUGAGGCUUGAUAGUGCCUUGUUGUGGCGAAUGAGUUUGGUGUACCCCUCCCGACGUAGCUCGAAUAUACGAGGUCUCGCGGACCUUGGAACUGGGUCGUUUUACUGUUCCUUGUGACGAGUCGAAAUUGUCGUUUCCCCCCGUUUGGCUCGCGUAUCGGUCAAAUAUGGGUCGGUUUUACUCAUAAAAUUCCCUAUUUUUAAUCUUCAUCGGUAAAAUUGACCCGCACUAAACGAUAAGUAGGUACAAUUUGUAUUAAUAGUAGAAGCAUUUUAGUAAAAUAUGCCAUAUAGACCCGCGGCGCGAGACGCUUGCGUCAACAGAAAAUGUUCAAGUAUUAAUCAAUUAUAAUGUAGACAAAUAUUCGAAGGAAAAUAAUAAUAUUAUUAUAUUUUCUUAGUAUUUAGAUAUGUACGUAUAGUAUUUUGAAAGCGAGGGUCUCGCGACGCGGACAGAAUUUAUGAAAAUCGCACGCGAGUGUGUCUUAUAAACGAUUCGAUUUAUAUUUAUUGUAGAAAUACAAAGACACCAGUUGAUGAAGCAAAUAUUGUUAUUGCAAUAAUAAACAAUGGUUUUGCUUAUCAACUCGCCAUCUUGGUAAAUUUCUAGCUAAAUAUAAGAUCUGUUAGUAAAUUAAUAGUUUCAGUAUAAUAGCAAAUGCGAAUACGAUUUCUCUAAAUAAAAAUAGAAGUUUCUUAGACAAAUAUAUAAAACACACGCCUUGAUCGCCCCGAACACGAUAUAUAGGAACCAUUUCCACUUGCGCACUUUGUAUCAUUAAUUCAUUUUUUAUCGACUGAUUUUCGUUUUUCUACUGCAUUUUCAAAUUUGGUAGUUUUUUCAACGAUUUUGUGGCAACACUUUUGAAAAAGAAAUUUUUGUUUGUAGCGUUUUGAUUCUGCGUCGGUGCGUUGAGUUUAGUUUUUACGAAAAUUUAUUUUUAUGUUUUUCUUUGUGAAUUUCGUACACUCGUUCGAUGUUUUUGGUGGUUCUUUUUCAUGAAAUUGCUCAAUGUUUUAUUUUGUAAAAUUGUUUAGUACUCCCUACCCCCCUAGUUGAAAUUAAUACGGCGGGCGAUGGUUGAAUGUAUGGUCGCACUGUCCCAUUUUGUAUUUUUGUAUUUUUAUAAUAAAAAAAAACGUAAAUAAUGUGAAUUCGGAUGUGAUUUUUUUACUUUACGCGCAACGUUGUAGUGUACGCUUGGGUUAAGAAAUUUUUAUAAAAAAAAAUAAUGAUAACAGAUCUUCAAGAAUUCUAAAUUGCUUUUUUGAAUGUUACGAAACACGAUUACCGUAGUCGUGUAGAUCUAGUCUAGAGACUGAUCUCAAAUUUAAUAAUUUUUAAAACUUUGUUAUAAUCGAUUUGUGUUGAAACUGUUUUCAUUAACUUACACUGGUUUUGUAGUAUAUUUGCAUUUAAUCGUUUGUGAGUCGUCUAUAUUUUUAUAAUUGCGUUCGAAAUUAAAUAAAAAAACCCUUGAAGAUCUGUUCAACCCAGCGGUAAUAAACUUAAUAAUUGGUGUUAGUAUAAACCGAGGUGUGUUUGGGAUAUGUGGUCUGCCUGCGAGCGGUGGGCUAGAUUUGCACUGCCUAGGGCUUUGACGAAUGUACCGUCAUGUAUCGCUGGUCGCGUGCCCACCAUUGUCAACUAUGUUACUCUUCCUCUCUCUCUUUCUCUAAUACUCUCUCCCACUCUCUCUUUACUCAUUCGGUGUAGAGAUAUAAAUGUCGUGAAAUGUGAUUGAAGCAAUGAAGCAAUGUUAACCUUAGUGUGGACGAGUUAAGAUUUAUCUCAUUAAACACUGUUUGCCUCACUUUAGCGCUUCGUUUGACUGAAGCUCCAGUAUUAACCAAUUGCCACGAAAUAGGAUUUGCGUUUGAGCGACAUAGUUUACAAUACCUUGACUUUGUGUGACCAGCAAGAACGCUUUUCUACCAAUUUGGUAGGCGCGGAGGAUUUUUAGUAACUAAUUUUGCUAUUUAGUUGAAUGAAUAUAUCGCGCGGGGGAAAGUUUCAAUUUGUCCGCCCUUAUCUUUAUAUUUAUUUUGUCUUGAGGUUUUACCCUGUUUUCGCUUAUCUGUUGUAGUUGUUAAUGUCGCCUCGCAUUGUUUUAGUUUUUACUAUCGUUUAGUUUCCGCGGCUCGGGCGGCCGCGGCGCGCGGCCCCCGGCCCCGGCUGAUCUACUUUUGAUGGCAUGUAGAGUUGUAACGUAUUUUUUAGUUGAUUUGGAGCGGUGUUUAGUUUGUUGAGGCGGGGCGGCCGUGUUUCUCGCACGUACAUUUAGUCGCUAGUUUGUAGUUGUUGUUUUGUCGGCGCCGUCGCUGAGCGGCCCUCGUUCACGUUUGUACGUUGUCUGUUUUUUCUAUGGACGGGUGUGCUGUUCUCAUUAAUUUUAGAUCGUAAUUUUGUCGUUUGCAUAUCACUGCGUGCGGUCACAGCAGGGGGGCGUCGCGGUGUCAUUCUUAUACAUUUUUUGACGUGAAAUUUGUAUCUUUAUAAAUGAAUUGUUGUUGUUGAUCGGUGUAUCGUCCCCCACGUUACUCCCGAGUGUGUUUCGCACUUCACAUGCAUGUAAAUAGGAGUUAGGUGAAAACAAAAUUUUUAAAAAAUCCGCAAAAAAAAGAAUGUUUUUUACGAUUAUGUCGGUGGCGGAACAGUUAGUAAAAAUUUUUUCGUCUUAGCGUCGCCCGUAUCGCCCGGGCGGGUUUUGUAAAUUCUUGUGCUAGAGUUUUUAGUGAAAUUAAAGAAUAGCAAAGAGUAGCGCAAUUUAACUAACCUAGUUGAGUCUAAUAAUGUACCUAAUAUCUUGUACCGUUGCUAGGACAAUAUUAUUGUGUUUUUUAAUAAUAAAAAUGAUUGCACCGUUUUACCUUCAGGUGUUUUUUCACUGUUUAUAUAAUUUAAACUAUAUCGAAAGUUGCGGUGGAUCUAAAUUUAUUUUUUUAAAUAGUGUUUUCGAUGUUCAGUGGGCUUCGGUCGAUGGGUUACGUGUUUGGACACUCGAGUUGAGCAAACGAUUAGAAGCUUUAUCUAAACUAUUAUUAUAUCCAAGACUUCUUAUAGACAAAUGUAGGUAAAUGAUUGAAUUAACACGAAGUCUUUAGUAUUAACUUAUUGAUAUUCGUUUGAACUUCCCCAGUGUCUCGGACAUGCGUGUCUGUGCUUCAGAAAAAGUUUAACUCGGAGAAUUAUUACCAAUUUGGUAGAAAUAUUUUGUCUUAAAUAUGUUUUUCUGAUUCACGGGCACAUUACAAACGUCUCGGAGUCCACAUUAUAAUUUAAAUUGAUUUAAAAUAAGAUUUAUAUAUUUUUAUAUGCAGUUGUUUCAUUCAUUGUUAUAUAAAAUCAAUUUUGUUGAUAAUUGUAAUGAAAUUGAAACCAUUUUUUUGCAAUUCGUUUAGUUUGGUGCCUUUGGGUCUAAUGUAAAUGUGUUCUGUAAGCGUUCUACGAUACCUAGUGACAGCUUUAGUGAGAAAUAAUUAAGAUUAAUUUUUAAGCUUUCUUUUUAGACUUAAGUACAUUUUCUAAAUGUGCAGUGGCGGUGAGGGCGAAUACAGAAAGUGGUCUCGAAAUAUUAGUCGUGGUUUAAAUGCAUGCACACCUUAGAUUUACCUUAUACACUCAUUGUCGGUCUGAAAUAAUAACACCUCUUUCUAGACACGAUACGGUUUUUACGUAAUAUGAAUUUACUUUGACUAUCGCUUAUACUGGUCUUAUAUUGAUCACCAGAUCACUUUUACUAUAAGAAAUACCCUGUUAUUGUUUUAAACAAUUUCAGGGUUUACACAUCGCCUCUUAAAACAAGAUUCAGUUGUAGAAGAAAGAUGCCACUCUACACUGUAGUGCACCUUGCUUCUAGAACUGUACCAGUCUUUAAGCGGUGUGAGUAGGUACAAUACCUUAAGACAGCCAGUAUAGCGGUUCUGUAUUCCCCUUUGCCGCCACUCGACGUUAGCCCAGCGGCACCAAACCACGUCCCGUGCCCCUUGUGUUGGCCACGACACUCGCUUAGUCUUGUUUCACGCCUGUGACUUACUUUACGACUACUGUGAGAUAUUAAAAUGAAUUUGAAACUUUC